AUGACGAUAUUAUCAACUUAUGACGAAGAUUAUCUCAGGGUCGCGGACUAUUUUCACACAGGACUUCCACACAACACUAUACUUGGAAUAUUGAAGUUGAAAAUGCCAAUUGAACUUAUUAGAGAUCAUACAGCAUAUAAAAGGCGGAACAGUAGUUUUAUGUCGACAUAUAUAAUGUUUCAUGGCACAAAAUCUCUAUGCGAUCCCAAGCGAUUUAUUAAAAAUCCACAAGAUACUUUUUGCAAUGAAGGAUGUGGAGUAUGUGGAAUUGUGCGAGAAGGUAACAAAACAAAAUAUGCCUCAAAAUACUACUCUGAUAAACGUCAUAUGUGGUUUGCCAGUAGUUCAUACACCUCAUAUUACUAUUGUGAUCGCUAUAGUUCUAUUACGAACGCAAUGUUUGUCGUCGAGGUUGUUGCUAAAUAUGGUGAUGCCACAAUAGUAGUUGAUUGUGAUGCGGCUACUAUUCCAAAAUAUCUUAUCAUCUUUCGGUGA